CCACGCCCCCGCGCGCCCCCGCGCCGCGCGGCCGCGCCCCCGCUAGGCCCCGCAGGCGCGGCCCGGCCCGGCCAUGCCGGCCAAGAGGAAGCCGGUGCUGCCGGCCCUCAACAUCGCCCCCAGCGCUGCCGAGGGGCCGAGCCCCGACGGCUCCGCCGAGGCAAACCUGGUGGACCUUCAGAAGAAGCUCGAGGAACUGGAGCUGGACGAGCAGCAGAAGAAGCGCCUGGAAGCUUUCCUCACGCAGAAAGCCAAAGUGGGCGAGCUGAAGGACGAUGACUUCGAGAGGAUCUCCGAAUUGGGGGCUGGCAAUGGCGGCGUGGUCACCAAAGUGCAGCACAAACCCUCAGGGCUCGUUAUGGCACGGAAGCUGAUUCAUUUAGAAAUCAAACCGGCCAUCAGAAAUCAGAUUAUUCGAGAGCUGCAGGUGCUGCAUGAGUGUAAUUCCCCAUAUAUCGUGGGGUUCUACGGAGCUUUCUACAGCGAUGGAGAGAUUUCCAUCUGCAUGGAGCACAUGGAUGGCGGCUCUCUGGAUCAAGUGUUGAAAGAAGCCAAAAGAAUUCCCGAGGAAAUCUUGGGGAAAGUCAGUAUAGCGGUUCUGAGAGGCUUGGCGUAUCUGAGAGAGAAGCACCAAAUCAUGCACAGAGAUGUGAAGCCUUCUAACAUCCUGGUUAAUUCUCGAGGAGAAAUUAAGCUGUGUGAUUUCGGGGUCAGCGGCCAACUCAUUGACUCCAUGGCAAACUCUUUUGUGGGAACUCGGUCCUACAUGUCUCCCGAGCGGUUGCAGGGCACCCACUACUCGGUCCAGUCCGACAUCUGGAGCAUGGGUCUGUCGUUAGUGGAGCUGUCUAUCGGAAGGUACCCAAUCCCCCCGCCAGACUCCAAGGAACUGGAAGCAAUAUUUGGCCGUCCUGUGGUAGACGGGGCAGAGGGAGAAUCUCACAGCAUCUCGCCGCGGGCCAGGCCCCCAGGACGCCCCGUCAGUGGCCAUGGGAUGGACAGCCGGCCUGCGAUGGCCAUCUUUGAACUGCUGGAUUAUAUAGUUAAUGAGCCACCUCCCAAGCUGCCGAAUGGAGUUUUCACGCAAGAUUUCCAGGAGUUUGUAAAUAAAUGCUUAAUUAAAAAUCCAGCAGAACGGGCAGAUCUGAAGAUGCUGAUGAGUCACACCUUCAUCAAACGCUCCGAAGUGGAGGAGGUGGAUUUCGCCGGCUGGCUGUGCAAAACGCUGCGGUUGAACCAGCCCAGCACGCCCACCCGCGCUGCCAUGUGAGGGCCGAGCCGACCGCCUGGUGUCAGUACAUCUGCCUCUGUCACCAUUUCCUCCCCUUCAGUAAAUGACAGAACUGCCCUCCUUCCUUCUCCCCGGCCCCUUCUCGCCUCGCGUCCCAGCGGCAAAGCACCGUCCCCUCAGAAGCGUCUCUUAUCGGCCGACCCCCAGCCAAAGCAGGGUUGGUUUCUUUUGAUGUGGGGGUGUUCCAGGCCUCUGCUCCAGCUCUGGAGCUCCUGACACUUGGGAAAUGUGGUGCUGCUUAUGUUAAUUUUUUUUUUUUGGGGUUUUUUUUUUUUUUGAAACGUGUUCACUUGGGUUUAAAAAAAAAAAAGAACAUAACGGUGUGUGCGUGUGCACGCUUGCAUGUGUGUGUGUGAGACGGUGGACCUGCACGGCAGAUGUUUUGCCUCCUCCCUGGUUUUCACGUGGGCUCCGGGGCGGAGAAAUCGGUGGGGCCAGGAAUGGAGAAACCCUAUCUAGGGUGGCCCGAAACGGUGUCACCGUCCUGCCCGGGGUGGCCAGGGACGAGGUGGGCACCCUGCCGAUGUGGGCAGGAGCUCUGCGGGGUGAUUUAUGGCUGAGCCGGAGAAGAGCGUAGCGGUGAGCUCCCUCCCAGCCCCUCUGCGGGUGGAGGAGAGGAGAGAUUUGUGUUUUUCUUUUGUUUUCUUUUGAAACGGUUGGUUUUUUAAAGCCUCUUCUUGUUGCGCACUGGAUAUUUAGUGAAGGGUCUUGAUGGGUUGAGCGCAGGCCGAGCUCUCGGCUGGCGGCACUGCGGCGUUCCCGGGACUGCGGCCCCUCCACCUCUGGGUGCCAGGGGGAGAGCACGGAUUUCCCUUCCCCGGCUCCUGCCCGAGCAGAGAGGUGGGAGCUGGAGCCCGGUUGCCCACCGUGGCCAGGGCAGAGCCCGGGAGUGGGGUCCCUCUCCUGACCCCCACCAUCUCCUGGGGACGGGUGAAACCCCUCCAGGCUGCCGGUUUUCCCUCUCCAGCUCCUCUCGCCCAUCCCAGGAGCGACCUCGGCCAUCGUGGCUUUAGCAAAGCCCCAGGGCUCCCUGUCGGAGCCCCCCGCUCCCCUCCCCGCGCCGGGAGGAGCGGGGUGCCUAGGCUGGGCGUCGCAGGGAGGGGAUGAACCCACCCAGCGAGACCGGCGUUGUGCUGAGGCCCACGCAUUUUCCAAUGGCCACCUCGGCCUGACCGUCCCUCCCUGCCCCACACCUCCCCGUCGCGUCCCCUCCUGCCCGGGAAGGACCUCGCAAAGGUGCUGGGGGGGCUGAGCCCCGGUGGAGUGGCCGGAUCCGUCCCCGCCGGCACCGGCUGCGCAGUGGGGGUGGCAGCUCCCCGCUGUCACCUCCCUUUCCGCCACAUUUGUGGAUUUUCAGGUGAUUCGCUCCCCUGUUCCCCCCCACAUGGGAGUCUGUGGUCCCCAAGCCCCCCCUACAAGGAGAUGAUUUUUGGAAGCUUGGUAGGAUUUUUUUUUUUUUGUGUUUUCCAUCUUUUCGGGCUGGGUGUUUUUGCCCCGUUGGGCUGGCGGCUGACAUCCCCUCUGCCUGUGCUCGGGUCCCGCUGUGACAGCCCCCCAGAAAUAAGCUCCCUGAUUUGGUAACCCCAAACCCCUCGUACCCUUUUCUUUCCCCUUCCCUGGCUUGGGGCAAGCGCCGGGGGCAGCUGCGUGUCCCCCCCAAGGCAAACCCCGGGCGGGAGACCCCAAAUUUGGGGGGGGGGGGGAGGUGUCUGUGCUUGCUGGCUCAGCUCAUGCGUGGGCAAAGCACCCUGGAGCCGCGGGGGUGCUUGUCGUUACGGUUUUGCCUCUUAAUUGAAAUGGGAGAUGGGGAACGGGGACAGUUCAUAAAGCUUUAGGAUAUUUUCAGUUGGUUUUGGUGCUGGGUUUUGGAGGAGGAGGAGAAAGCGUAUCGAGCGUUUUGUUGGUGCAAUUUUUAUUUUUUUUUUUUUUAAACUCGGUAUUUUCAUCAUGGAAAAAAAAAAAAAUAAAAUAAAUGGCACUUUA